AAUUCUAUUGCAAAGAUGACUACUAAAAUUAUGUAUUUGGUAAUUGUUGCAAUGUUAUUAUUAGUAACAGUGCAAUGUGAACCGGAACCACUAAGUGGAUUUCGAGGACAAGGUGGUGGAAGUAGACAAGGGGGAGGUUUUGGUGGACAAAGUGGUAGAAGUGGUAGACAAGGAGGUGGUUUUGGAGGGCAAAGAGGAGGCUUCGGAGGACAAAGUGGAGGAUUCGGAGGACAAAGUGGUGGCUUCGGGGGUAGAGGACAAGGUGGUGGAAGAGGUGGAUUUUAAUCAACAAACGGAAUCAUAUCAACUAAAAAUAUUUUUGCAAAUAUCGAAAUAAAUCUAUCCAAGUGA